CCAGCAAAACGUCAAAAAAGUGAAAACCAAAAUAAAUUGCACUGUAGUGGAAAAAAUCCAAUCUGGAAAUAAUAGGUACCUAGCUCUAAUUUAUAUUUUUUGAAAGGAAUAUAGCAAUAUUUCCAACAGAGUGGUCCCGAUUUAGUUUUGAGUGAUAUUUCAACCAAAAUAGCAAUUUCCAAGAACUGUAAAUAAACGAAUCUUAUUUCUGACUGUAUUGUGUACGUGAAAAAAAAAGUGGAGAUGGUUAGCAGUUUAUUGUCUGCUGGAGAAAACUGCUUCCAUCGUUCGUCGUAACAAAGGUUUGUGUGAGAUUUAGGAGUACAAUAGAAAAGCUGGUAAAAAAAAUGCUGGAACCAAAAACCGAUUCCCAGCAGGACGAGCUGGAUAAAAAUCUGGGCAAUGAGGUUCCAGCCAAAACCGUCACUAGUGACGGUGGCACGGUGGAAACGGAGAGGACUCGCGAGUUGCAGCUAGAACUGAAACGGAUACGUGACGAGUUCAACCAGCAGCGGGCCAAGAUGAAGGAAUUGUACCUGGCGAAGGAAGGGGAGUGCAAGCGAUUUGCGAAAGAAGCGGCUGCAAUGCGGAAGGAAUUAGAGGAGGCCAAGUCGCAAAUCAUGGUGAUGGAAUUCAAUCGGGAGAAGGAUCUGGAAGACCAGAACAGACGGGCGCAGGAAGAAAUUCAGACGCUGCAACAGUUGGUCCAGGAAACGGUGGAUGAAUCGACUUACAGUCACGCGGAGAUUCGUCGACUGGCCGAGGAGAAUGAACGUCUGAGGACGGAACAACAGGAACUGAAGGAAGCGCUUGCUGUCGCGCAACAGGAUUCUCCGAGCCUGGCACCGGUGCUAAACCAGGCGAAGAAGAUUAUUCGCAAGCUCGGAGCAGCCGAUUCCAACAGCCAUGACAAUCUGGAGGAUUCCAUGCGGAAGGUAAACAAAUAUGCUCAGGAAGAUGCGGAGGUGCUACGAUCGCUAGUAGUUCCACUGGAAGAAGAGAUAAAGACUCUGAAAGAGAAGCUUCGGAACGCAUAUGAAGAGCUGGAAAAGCAUCGAGGAGAUGAGGCGCGGAAGCCUCCGGAGUCGGCUUUGGUUGGAAUGCUGAAGGAAGCAGAACAUAAAGAUCCGUCUCCAUUGGCGGAAAAGGAUCAUCCGAAGGAUGACACACCUUCGGCUUGUGAGAUGUGUCCUAAUUACGAAACAAAAUUGGUGAAAUGCCAGGAACAGAUCAACGAUGAGAAGCAAAAGGCCCAGCAGCUGGAGAAGAGUGUUGAGCGGAUGAAAGAAGAACUGGCCAAGGAAGGGGCUAUGCGAGCCGACUUGGAGUCCCAGUGGCAGCAGAAACGCGAAGAACAUAAAGCCGAGGUGCAGCAACUGAACGAACAAACGGCCAAAGCGGAGCAGGAACUUGGUGCUCUUAGGAAGGAUUACGAUCAAUUUAAACAAACUGUAAACGAUGAGUUACAAAAUCUGACCGAAGAAAGAGAAAAGGUCUACCGGCAUUUGGAUGUCUUGGAGAAGGACAACAACUUCCUCUCGGGAAAGUACCUUGAAAACUCCGAGAAGCUAAAGGAUCAAGAAAUUAACCUUCCGCAGAGCAUAGACGAGCUCCACGAGCUUGUUCUGACCUUGCACGAGAACCUUAUUGUCACCAAAGCGGGCUGUGAAUUCGCUGAACGGAAAACGCUCAGCAUGCAGGAUGAAGUCAGUAUUCUGCGAGGGGUCCAACAGUCUCGCGAGCGAGACGUUCGUCUUGCCGAGAAAAACUACUCCAACAAAAUCAAUCAACUGGAGGACCAACUUCGGCAGCAGUAUCAGCACUAUCAACGCUUGGCCGCGCACAAAGAGGAACUGGAGCGGGCUGACGCCGACAAUAAGCGGCAAAUAUCCGAACUUCGAAUGCAAAUCAUAGAGCUGCAGGCCAAUAACGAAAAACUGGACAAACAGAAUCAGGACGUAAGAAACAAAAUGAGCGUUCUCCAGGAAGACUUGGCCAACAACGAGGCCGUCCAGAAGGACUUUGUCAAGCUGUCCCAAUCACUUCAGAUGCAGCUGGAAAAAAUUCGAUCGGCGGAUACGCAGGUCCGCUGGCAGGAAGAGGAAGACGUCGACCAGUGCCCCAACUGUCGGAAGGAGUUCACGGUGACGAGGCGGAAGCAGCACUGCCGCCACUGCGGAACGAUCUACUGUCAGACGUGUCUCACCAAAACGGUCCCGACCGGACCGAAUCGGCGCCAGGCUCGGGUUUGCGAUGUGUGCCACACGCUCCUGGUCCAGGACACGGCACCCUACUUCAGUCGGGAACCACCGCAAUCGCCCUGAGGUCAACAAAGGGAAAGCUUCUACUAGUUAGCGUUCUUGUACUUGUAAUGUAAAUGGAGUUCUAUGAUUAGCGUCAUUUUGCUGUAGCCAGUUCUGUUCGGUUUGGGAAUGGCCACCAGGCACGGUACCCCCAAGCGGAAGAAGAGUCCAAAGCUCUCGAUUGACAACUUCGGAAAACGAGACAAAGCGAAUGGGUGCGGGUAGGCAGGGAACGUUUUAUUAUUAUUCUAAUUCAAAUUUUAGUGUACAUUUAUCUAUUUCGCUUUUUCGUAUACCGGACAUUAAAGAAAGAAGACACUACUUACAAGAAAAAAUGGCAAAAUAUAGAAAUCGUUAAUAAAUGA